AUGGCCUCAAAGCUAGGGAAAUCCAUGGUGAUUCCCAAGGGUAACGCCAUGGAGCCCCUUGACCCUAGGCAAAUCAAUGAACAUAUUAGUGGCACUCUCGGCGUCAGAUCCAGAGGAAUGGUGAGCAGGGGCCCCGUCGCAGUGGAGAAUGACGUUGGGGUGCCUUCAAUAGCCAGCGUUGCAUCGGCCCAGAUGGUGGGCGACGCUAGUGUAACGUUGGGCGGCCCUAGCUUUAUGGGCGGCGCCAGCUUCGUAGGUGGCUUUGACGUGGCAGCAGAUGGAGGGAGGAGUCGCACCACUGGAGACAUCGAGGUUGGUCUAGUCAAGAUGAGGGUUGAUCCUAAUGGCGCCUUGAGCGUGGGCAUCGCAGGAGAGAAAGGAAGCAUCCAGGGCGUUGAGGCAGUCUUGGCUCCAAGCAACGCCAAUAGGCUGCUAGGGAAAUCCAUGGUGAUUCCCAAGGGUAGUGCCAUGGAGCCCCUUGACCCUAGGCAAAUAGAUGAACAUAUUAGUGGCACUUUCGGCAUCAGAUCCGAAGGAACGAUGAGCAAGGGCCCCGUUGGAGUGGAAAAUGACAUUGGGGCGUCUUCAAAGACCAACGGUGCAUCGGCCCAAAUGGUGGACGACGCCAGCGUAACGUUGGCCGACGCCAGCGUAACGUUGGCCGGCGCCAGCUUCACGGGCGGCUUUGACGUGGCAUCAGACGGAGGGAGGAGUUGCACCACUGACAGCGCCGAGGCUGGUCUGUGGGUUGUUGGGCGAUGCCAGCCAACCAUUAGGCGACGCCCUCAGGGGAGAAAGAGAUGUGGGAGGCACCCAAGGCGCUGGAGGUGGUACCCCCAUGCGCGAGGCAUUGCCCUCCUAAAGCAAGGCUGCAGCGGGCUCUGGACCGGUGGGAGUGGGUCAAGCGAUGUCGGUGGUCAUGAUGGCGGAGAUGCAAGAGACGCUGGGUUGGGCAGCACAAGGAUGCAGGGUGCAAGGAGAGGCGACGCCCUAGGCAUGCUUGGUGGCGCUGAAACUAAGGAGAGCAAGUGUUCUUCUGAACUUUGCGGGAUACAUUCUGAACUUUUCUUUAUAGUUUUCAUGACAUAG